GUGACCACUCGCCGGCGACGACUGAUGACGCCUGAGCCCGCGCUCGCCGUUUCAGCGACAGGGGAAGGGAGUUAAGGAAGUAGUUGGGGGUCCUGGUGUGGGGAGUGUGGGCGCAGCCAGACGGAGCUACAUCGGGCAGCCAGGUAAUAAUUUCAAGAUGCCAGGGCGUUCCACUUCAAGUUCAGGUUCAACUGGUUUUAUAUCCUUCAGUGGUGUAGAAUCUGCACUCUCCUCCUUGAAAAACUUCCAGUCCUGCAUCAGCUCUGGAAUGGACACAGCUUAUAGUGUUGCUUUGGAUCUUGUGGAAACUCAGACUGAAGUGAGUAGUGAAUACAGUAUGGAUAAGGCAAUGGUUGAAUUUGCAAUGAUGGAUCGGGAACUAAACCAUUAUUUAAAGGCUGUUCAAUCUACAAUAAACCAUGUAAAAGAAGAGCAUCCAGAAAAAAUACCCGAUCUAAAAUUAUUAGUGGAGAAGAAGUUUUUGGCUUUACAGAAUAAGAAUUCUGACGCAGACUUUCAAAAUAAUGAGAAAUUUGCACAAUUUAAACAACAGCUGAAAGAACUAAAGAAGCAAUCAGUGAAACCUAAAGAAGAUGGAGGACACAAUGAUUUCGACCAGAUUAAGGAUAAGGAUGCAAGUAGAGCAGGCAAUGGACGAGGAACUUCCAGACUGUUUUCCAAAGCGACUACGCCAUUUUACACUCCCACCAGCAAUGUGUGAGGGUUCCAAUCGCUUCACGUCCUCGCCGACACUUGUUAUUAUCUGUCUCUUUGAUUGUAGCCAUCCUAGUGGUUGCGAAUUGGUAUCUCAUUGUUUUGAUGUGUGUUUCCCUGACGGAUUAAUAUUGUAAUAUUUAUUUUACCAACCUAAGACAAAAGCUUCAAUCUUAUGCUUUCUUAUGCACAUAACGGAAACUGCCUUACAUUACUGGCUUGACUUUCUAAAACAAAACCAUUGUUCUAUGCAAGAUGAAUGUCAUUUAUGGGGUUUGAGUUACACCUGGAAGAAUACAACGUGAAAUGACAUGGAAUUCAGAUUAUGAACUCAUAUGGGAAAUUUGUUUUGCAGGAUGAAUUCAUUCACAGUGUUUUGAGACCUUUAUCUAAGCUACUCAAGUACUCUUAUGUGACAUUUGCUGGAUAAUCUAGACAGCACUUUGGUUAAAUCCACAGUGUGAUGUCAUCCAGUAAACGCUUGAAAGUGGAGAUGCAUGUCUCCUCUGGUUUUAUCAGUCUAGAUUAGCAGUGUGGUUCACAGCACAGUGAACUUUUCUCCUCUGUGAUCCAUCAGUCUGUCUCUCAUUGUGGGCCAAUAAUCUGUCACCUGAAGCUACUUAAAAUAGGUUGGACUUUCUUGAAUGUCAUGUUGCUGUGAUGACAUUGGGGUUUGGCUGCAGAAGAGGGGAAGCACGGUUUUAUGACUUUUGGUUGCUUCCAUAUCCCUUGUUUCCAGUAAAAGCACUGUGAUUUUUAGCCUUUGCUUAUAUGCCUAGACUUUACUCUGUACCAGUUGUACCUUUCGUCUCUUUACCUAUUGAGGCUCCUGCUGUGGUUAUCUUUGUCUUUCUGUCAAAGAAAAAAAAAUGAGGGGCUUAGAAGGUAUCAGGGUUUCACCAUCUUGAUUUCGCCAGUUAGCAGAUAUGUUAAAAAGAACAUCCCCAAAGGCCAUUUGGUGAGAAAAGAAAAAAAUAAAAAGUUGAUCAGAAUGAGAGGAUGCUUUCUUCAGAGGUCUCAGGAUCCCUCAGAAAGCAUCCCCCAAAAAAGAGACCCCCCCCAAAAAAAAGAGACCCCAAUGGCCUGAUCAUCCUCCCUGACCCAUAGAGAGAAUGACCACAUAGAUCCAGAUUCUCCCCGUUAGGCUCUACAUGCCUGUUUCCAGUUAGCACAUCUUGGAGAAGGUCUGGGAGGAACAAAGGAGGGAAGGAGAGAAAAAGAACUAUGAGUGGGUAAUUAAUCCGUUCAUAAUAUAUCAUCAUAUGUUCUGCUUUAUUUGUUCCUUAACUUUUUUUUUUUUUUUGAGGUACGUGGGCCUCUCACUGUUGUGGCCUCUCCUGUUGCGGAGCACAGGCUCAGCGGCCAUGGCUCACGGGCCCAGCCGCUCCGCGGCAUGUGGGAUCUUCCCGGACCAGGGCAUGAACCUGUGUCCCCUGCAUCGGCAGGCGGACUCUCAACCACUGCGCCACCAGGGAAGCCCUGUUCCUUAACUUUUAAUAUGCAUUUUUGUAGCUUGGUUUGGGGUGGAGGAGGGGAGAUUGGAAGUAUCAGCCAGGCUUAUGGGCAGAGCUUGAAUUUUGCCUCCCCCCAAAAUAAAGGGAAGUAAUAACUUUAUACAUUUAGAGAGCUGGUAUGUUUGUUUGUUGAAGCUUUAGUAAAUUCCAUUUUGAGCAUUCUAUUAAUUAAAAUAUUAUUUUGACUAAAA